AUGACUGGGGCGUUGGCAGCAAAAACUUUCUCGAGCGACGAAAUCGACCCGAGCAUCAGCAUCAAGGAGCUGAUCGAGAGCAUCAACUCGGUGCCAGAAGCUGCCUACAUUAUGCACCACAUCGUCCAAUUUGCCACCGAUCAGGCGACGACCGCUACGAGGGCAACCGCACAGCAAAAGGAGGCUGAGGCGAGGAUCAUGCAACUGGAGCAGCAGACGUUCAUCAACGAGCAGCUGCUGGAGAGCGUCAUCAUUGAUCAUAAUUUGGACGACUACGAUCACAAAAUCCGGCGUCGUGCCACGACCGCUGAAGAGCUACUGUACCCCAAUGACGAUCCCUCAGAAUCGCUCCACUCGAAUGCCAGUGACGGCCAGCUGUCCGAUCGGCAGAGGAGGAAAAACCAGGCGGCCAGUGCUUCUCGACUGCCACCGCUGGCCGAGGUGUCCCCAUCUACCCUCAACCCCUCCACCUCCACGACACUACACAAGACGCCCUCAGCCCCCAGUCUACAGGCUGCGGGCGCCCCUGGCGGCCAGCGCAGCGUCUUCGCCAGGCUUCACCCCGCCUGGGCCAAUGAGAACUCGCCGUCGAAUAUACUGAACCGACCGCUCGGGCCAGACGAUUGCUACAAGAAGGGCGAGAUCGUGGCGGCAAAGGAUCGAGGCACCGGGAAGCUACUCCGAACAGCCAUUCUGGACGGUCAUGCAAAACCUGUACUUGCUGUUGAUGGGCUAGAGAACUUGCUGGUGACCGGGUCGAAAGAUCGAUUGGCAAAACUCUGGGACCUGGAGCAGGGUCAGGAAGUGGCUACGCUUGGAAUUCACCCUAACAACGUCCAUGCUGUCAAACUCGUCCCCAACUCCCACCUCGCCGUCACCGCCUCCAUGUACCAGAUGCGAAUCUGGGACUUGAGAGAAAACAAAUGCGUCCGAUUAUUCCAGAGCAGCGGGCAGGUCGUAGAAGGUGACGGCGGCCCGAUCGGCUCCCGGCAAAAUACCGUCCCAUUCCUGGAAACGGUAGUCAAUGCAAUUGAUAUCGACCCAAGUGGAGAACUUCUGCUUUCCGCUUUUGGCGGAGAUGUUCGAGUUUGGAGCCUAUCGAAAAUGGCUUCAUUUGGACGAUUGGUCGGAGCUGCGCAUAGUCCACGCUCUGAGGUCUCUUGCCUAUCGGUCGCUCUGGAUACCGAAAAGAACGUAUGCAACGUCUUCACCGGCUCUCGGGAUCAUUACGUCAAAAUGUACACAAUCCCAACGACCGGCGAGGGGAUACAUGAAGCAAAGGUCGAAUUCAAUCCACCCCAUUAUGACAACGUCACUUGUAUCGUAUCGGACGAGAAGCACCUGUUUACGGCCAGCAAGGAUAUGAACAUCAUGAAAAUCAAUCUGCUCGACUACAAACGUGAUCAUCUCGAGCUGAAGGCGCAUAAUGGAUACGUUCAGGGAAUGUGCAAAGUCCCGUUCCCCAAUGAAACCUUGCUCGCAUCUGUCUGCAAGGAGGGCCACCUCAAGCUCUGGGAGACUGAGUCGACGAGGAGGUUGAAGCUGGUGGAUACGAUCGAGAAAGCCCACCAAGAUUCGAUCAACAGCAUCUGCUACUCUUCGGGGCUCGUGUUUACGGCUUCCAGUGAUACUACGGUAGCCGUGUGGCGCCCGAAUACGACACUCGUCAGC